AUGGUGAGCAUCGGCAGCAACCUCUCUUUUCUGCUCUGCCGCCACUUCGUGCAGCCCUACGUCCGCGAGUGGGUCGAUGUCUCCGGGCCGGGUAGUGCCCAGGCCCUCCUAGUGGACGAGCAGCGCCUGGCGCAUGCGACGCGGAUAUCUUGUACAGUGGGAGGCGCUUGUGCCAUCGCAUCCAUCUUCAAUGCGCCCUUUGGCGGCCUGCUCUACAUGUUUGAGGAAGUAACAUCGUUGGCAUGGCCUUUGGAGCUUACCUUCCGGGUUUUCGUGGCCACCAUGUUCUGUUCGUUGCUUUCCUAUGGCCUCUGCAACCUUCUCGGCUCUGACAUCACAGAGUUCGUGAUUUACGCAGAGACGCCCCAGGACAAGAAGUGGGCGUGGGGUGACGUACCAAUCUUCGUCGUUCUCGCCGCCACGCUGGGGGUGGCCACCUCUCUGCACACCAGGGCAAUGCUUGCGGUGUCGGAGUGGAGGCGAGGCCUGCGGGCGCAGUGGAGGCAUUUGCAGCCCUGGGCUGUGAUUGUUGAGACGGCUCUGUAUGCAUCGCUCACGGCUUUCCUCUCCAUGCUGGUGUCUUUCCUUGCCGCCUGCACGGAGGAAGGCCAAUCAGGACUGGAGUAUGUGGCCUUGAACUGUCCAGAGGGGCAGUACAAUCCCAUUGCUUCUCUUCUCGUGGCGACAUCGCACAGUUCGGUGAAGCUGCUCUUCUCCGGAAACAAUGCUGGUGAGAUUCACUGUGCUUCAAGCCUUCUGGCUUUCCUGACCUACAGCUCGCUCAACAUAGGCUUGGCAGGGCUUCCCGUGCCCGGAGGUGCCUUUACAGCCACUAUGCUCAUGGGCGGGCUGUUCGGCCGGUUUGUGGGCGCCCUCUGUGGUGAUCUCGGGCUCUCGACGACGGUCUCAGGGGUCUUCGCCAUCGUCGGCAGCGCGGCCAUGCUGUGUGGCUUCAAGCAGAUGACGCUGGCAUCAGUGCUCAUUGUCGUGGAGUGCGUCAACGACUUGAGCUUGGCGCCCAUCCUCAUGCUGGGCGUUGCCGUAUCCAUGGCGGUAAAUUGGGCGAUGAACGAGCGCGGCCAUGACGAGGAGGUGAUCCACCGUCGCCAGCUUCCGUUCCUCGAGGGGGAGCCUCCGCGCGCCCUCGACAGCCAGGUCGCCCUUGACCUCUGCCCAGCUUUGCCGGACGACGCUGUGAUGCCGCCCGAGGCGACUUUGCUCCAGGUGCAGCGAGCCCUGGAGCAUCAUGAUGUGCACUACUUCCCCGUACGGGACGGUCUUGGCCCUUGCCUGGGCAUCAUCACCCGGAGCCAGCUGGAGACCCUGGUGAGUCCGUCAAGACCUUUCGCGAGCUUUGCGGCCCAGGGUGAGCACCUGUUCCUCGACACGGACUUGCCCACUGACGAGGGCGCGUUGCUUCCCAUCCACCGGAUUAUGGACCCCACUCCAUUCGCCAUAGUCGAGGACAUGCCUGUGCCGCGACUCUACGCACUCUUUGCAAAGGCCGGCGAGCGCGCUGCUUGCGUGACCUCCAUACGCGGCGACUUCCGGGGCAUCCUGUCCCGUGAUCAUUUGAUCGCUGCAGUUCGGAAGCGCAGCAAUGAGCAUCCAGCCAUUUCCAUUGCGCUUUCGCUCGCCCUUACGCGGAGGCAUACUGGAGCGCUUCUGGUUGCUGGGCUCCUGCUGCUUCCGCUGAUGAGCGAGCUGACCAUGUUCACGACGAUGAAGGCCAAUGCCACAAACUUUGCACCCUUGACGAGCGGCGAGCUCGCAUCGAUGGUGAAGAGCCACCUGAAUCUGUGCAAAGAUGCGGGCGUCUACCAAGAUGCCCUUGGGGACCUGCUGGCAAAGACGGCACACACCACCCACAAGAACUGGCCGGAGACCGAAGAUGCCUCGCUGCAACUGGCGGACAUCAUCGCCGGUCCCGAUGAUCCGAUUUUCAAGCAAGUCUUCCAACGUGUGCUUGAAGGAGGCGGCUGGGACCAGGCUGUAACAGCGGCCGCCUCGCGAGGAGCAGACUCAAAGCCCUGGGCAGUGCUGGUCACGGGGCUGAAUGGGAUCCGCAAGACCUCUUCGCUGUAUGAGCCUUGGUUCCAAGAGGUGCUCGCAGAGGCGAUGGGCAUCAAGAGUGAUGACCCCAAAGUUGUGGACUUACCCUGUGGCGCAAACAGCUUCUUCCGGCAGCUGGAUUUCAUGGUCGCCACCCUCGCGAACGAGGACUUCCGCAAGCUUUACACCAUCUCUGAGGUCGAUGAUUACGCAGCUGCUAAGGAGGCAAUCUUCGCGCGAUACCGAAAAAUCUCGGAGAUGCUGGGGCUCCUUCUCGUGCGCGAGGCAAGGAAGAGGAAGGUGAACGUCAUGGCCGAAACCAGUGGUCGGGACCUGGCGAUGUACGAAUAUAUCGACUUCGCAUUCCCGGAAGGGUACAAUAAGUUGGUCAUGCACUUCGAGAUCAAUGACGUGGAGUUUGCUGAGCAGUCGGUGGCACGGCGGAUGCAGGGGGAGAUGGCGGCGGGUACAGGAGCUCUGGCGCAGCUGAAGUCAGGUGAGACACCGGAGACCAGCGCCGCGCUCGUUGCUGCCAACGCAGGUGGGCCCUAUGGGCCAGAAGUGCUCCGCGGCGUGCAGACUGCCAGCGACAAGGUUUUCCAGGAGGUCUGGGGCCCGGACGGCAAAGGCGAGGGUCGACCGGGCUGGCAAAUGGCCCGGAUCCAGGUUACAGCCUCCAAAGACGGCGACUGGACCGUCAAAGCGCACGGCAGCGCCACAGAGCAUGCUUUUUCCCGGCGGCCCUAG